AAAAAACAAGGAAUAACCAUAUCAAAAGAAAACACAUGGAACAUAAUUUGCAUCCUCGUCUCCAAACUAAUGCUAGCUAGUACUAUAAAUCCAAGGCCACCACAGUCUUCCGUUUCCCAUCGCUAAAUAUUUAUCUCAGAGAAAAAUAUUUCUUUCAAGUUGAAAGGGUGAGGUUUUAAUUAGUAUUAUAUGGAUACAUCUAAGCCAGCUACUACAUCUGCUAAUCAGAAUAAAUCGUAUGAAGAAUUCGAACCACCCUUGGAAUGGGUCAAGGAUGAGGCUUCUGACACUCUUCUUGUCUUCUUACCAGGCUUUCAAAAGGAGAGACUGAAGAUACAAAUAACCUCAGCUGGAAAACUGAGAAUAAGUGGUGAACGACCAAUAGGUCAGAACAAAUGGCGUCGUUUCAGCAAGGAGUUUGAGCUGGACCCCAGCUGUGACACCUCCAAAAUCUCUGCCAAAUUCGAAGGUGGAAUUCUUUACGUCAAAUUACCAAAACCAACAACUAUUACUGCUGCUCAGCCACCCCGGAGAACUCCAACUCCAACCCCAACCCCAACCCCAACCCCAACCCCAACCCCAACGCCAGCACCAGCCUCAUCAUCACCAGCUCAUGACCAAAAACGACAACAACUCCCUAAUGCCAUCCCCACCCCUCCAACUCCAACUCCCAUCCUAAAACAGCAAGCCGAUCAUGCCAAAGCCAACAAGGACCAGAAACAACACAUUGUCAAUAAUGCGGAGGCUGAGGCUGAUCGUAGGAGGAAGGAAUUGCUUGAUGAUACCAAACAUGUUACAACCAAGACAACGCCGGACAAGAAGGCGGCCGCCGCACCAGGCGACCAGAAGAAGAUAAUGCCAACUACUGCGGCGGCACCCUCUGAUGAUCAGAAGAAGAAGAAGAUGAUGCCAAGCAGAGCAGCUGAAGAGAAAUCUGAGAAGAAGUUGGAUAGGGAUGAUUAUGAUAAUAAGAAGGGUAAGGAAAAAGCAAGUGAUGAUAUUGCUGAUAAGGCUACUGGUAAAUCUGGUGAAGGGUUAGAUAAGAAGGGAAGAAUAAUGGAGCAAGUGAAGAAGAUUAGUGCGAGGACAUUGGUUAACUCGGCUCUAGCUGUAUUGUUUGUUGGAGUUCUUGCUUUGUAUGUAAGGAAUAUCUUUAUCAGGGCUUUUGGUGGUGUUGAAAACAAGAGCUCAUCAGAGCUAUAAUUAAUUCCUUCACCAAUUUAUUAUGUUAUCGUAUGUAAAUUGUUUUCAUGUACCAUGCACGUACUUACUUUUACUUUGUGUGAGAUGAAUAAGAAGUUAUAAUAACAUUUCUUCA